AUGCUGAGCCUCCUCGUCUGGAUCCUCACUCUCUCCGACACUUUCUCCCAAGGGACCCAGACGCGCUUCAGCCAGGAGCCAGCCGACCAGACCGUGGUGGCCGGACAGCGGGCUGUGCUCCCCUGCGUGCUGCUCAACUACUCGGGGAUCGUGCAAUGGACCAAGGACGGGCUGGCACUGGGCAUGGGCCAGGGGCUCAAAGCCUGGCCGCGGUACCGGGUCGUGGGCUCCGCGGACGCCGGCCAGUACAACCUGGAGAUCACGGAUGCCGAGCUCUCUGACGACGCCUCGUACGAGUGCCAGGCGACGGAGGCCGCCCUGCGCUCCCGGCGGGCCAAGCUCACUGUGCUCAUCCCCCCGGAGGACACCAGGAUCGACGGGGGCCCCGUGCUUCUGCUGCAAGCGGGCAUCCCCCACAACCUCACCUGCCGCGCCUUCAGUGCCAAGCCCGCGGCCACCAUCACCUGGUUCCGGGACGGGGCGCAGCAGGAGGGCGCCGUGGCCAGCACGGAGCUGCUGAAGGACGGGAAGCGGGAGACCACCGUCAGCCAGCUGCUCAUCAACCCCACGGACCUGGACAUCGGGCGCGUCUUCACCUGCCGCAGCGCCAACGAGGCCGUCCCCAGCGGCAGGGAGACCUCCAUCGAGCUGGAUGUGCACCACCCUCCCACGGUGACCCUGUCCAUCGAGCCACAGACGGUGCAGGAGGGCGAACGCGUUGUCUUUACGUGCCAGGCCACAGCCAACCCCGAGAUCCUGGGCUACAGAUGGGCCAAGGGCGGCUUCUCCAUUGAAGAUGCCCACGAGAGUCGCUAUGAGACGAAUGUCGACUAUUCCUUCUUCACGGAGCCUGUGUCCUGUGAGGUUUACAACAAAGUGGGCAGCACCAAUGUCAGCACUUUGGUGAAUGUCCAUUUCGCCCCCCGGAUUGUGGUUGACCCUAAACCUACGACGACGGACAUUGGCUCUGACGUGACGCUCACCUGUGUCUGGGUUGGGAAUCCCCCCCUCACCCUCACCUGGACCAAGAAGGACUCCAACAUGGUCCUGAGCAACAGCAACCAGCUGCUGCUGAAGUCGGUGACCCAGGCGGACGCCGGCACCUACACCUGCCGGGCCAUCGUGCCCCGCAUCGGAGUGGCCGAGCGGGAGGUGCCGCUCUACGUCAAUGGGCCCCCCAUUAUCUCCAGCGAGGCCGUGCAGUACGCCGUGCGGGGGGACGGCGGCAAGGUGGAGUGCUUCAUCGGGAGCACGCCCCCCCCAGAUCGCAUUGCGUGGGCCUGGAAGGAGAACUUCCUGGAGGUGGGCACCCUGGAGCGCUACACGGUGGAGAGGACCAACUCGGGCAGCGGCGUGCUGUCCACGCUCACCAUCAACAACGUCAUGGAGGCCGACUUCCAGACCCACUACAACUGCACGGCCUGGAACAGCUUCGGCCCGGGCACCGCCAUCAUCCAGCUGGAGGAGCGAGAGGUGCUGCCUGUGGGCAUCAUCGCGGGAGCCACCAUCGGGGCCGGCAUCCUGCUCACCUUCUCCCUCAUCGCCCUCGUGUUCUUCCUCUACCGGCGGCGCAAAGGCAGUCGCAAGGACGUGACCCUCAGGAAGCUGGACAUCAAGGUGGAGACCGUGAACCGGGAGCCGCUCACCAUGCACUCUGACCGGGAGGACGACACCGCCAGCGUCUCCACGGCCACCCGCGUCAUGAAAGCCAUCUACUCAUCCUUCAAGGACGACGUGGACUUGAAGCAGGAUCUGCGCUGUGACACCCUCGACACCCGGGAGGAGUAUGAAAUGAAGGACCCCACCAACGGCUACUACAACGUGCGCGCCCACGAGGACCGGCCGGCCUCGCGCACGGUGCUCUACGCCGACUACCGCGCGCCCGGGCCCGCGCGCUUCGACGGCCGCCCGGCCUCGCGCCUCUCGCACUCGAGCGGCUACGCGCAGCUCAGCUCCUACGGCCGCGCGCCCGCCGCCGACUUCCCCGAGCCCGCGCCCGCCGCGCCCGCCGCCGACACGGCCAGCCAGCUGUCCUACGACAACUACGACAAGUUCGGCGCCCACCCGUUCCCCGGGGCCGCGGGCUACCCCACCUACCGGCUGGGCUACCCGCAGGCGCCCGCCGGCCUGGAGCGGACCCCCUUCGAGGCCUACGACCCCAUCGGCAAGUUCGCCACGGCCACGCGCUUCUCCUACACGUCGCAGCACUCGGACUUCGGGCAGCGCUUCCAGCAGCGCAUGCAGACGCACGUGUAG